UGAUUACGACUAUCAGUCGUUGCGGGGAUUUCAUUCGAAGUGGAUCAUUCAUCUCGAGUCAUCUCCAAAAUGGAAUUACUUACCCUAGCAGCGCUAAUUCUCUCACUUCCGAUAAUUAUUUUAUUCAUUUUUGAUUUCUACCUGCAUCACGACAGAAGAGGAUUCUUAGUAGAUAAAAUUCCAGGCCCCAAGACCUUUCCAUUGCUCGGAAAUUCAUUGGAUGUUAAUGUACCUCCGGAACAAUUGUGGAAUUUUUUUAGGGACUCAGGGAGGAAUUAUUAUCCUGUCUACAAAUUUUGGGUCCUCAACUGGCCCGUUAUUAAUAUUCGCCAUCCCGACGACCUCGAGAUAUUUUUAUCGAGCAACAAAAUGAUCGAGAAGAGUCUGUUCUACGAUCUUCUCCGCUCGUGGCUAAAUGACGGACUCCUCACGAGUAAAGGCGAUAAGUGGCGAGGCCGGAGGAAAAUUCUCACUUCAGCUUUUCACUUCAAUGUUCUCGAUGAAUUCGUUGACACAUUCGUCGAACACACGGACAGACUUGUGGAAACUUUACUGGAGGAGGCACAAGCUGGUGAUGUUGUCAAAGAUCUCCUCCCCAUGUUCUCCAAGUUGACUCUCGGAACUAUUUGUGAAACGGCCAUGGGAACUAAAUUCGAUGGAGAAGACGAAGCGCAGAAUGAAUACCGGAAAGGGAUUUAUGAUCUUGGAAGCCUAUUCUACUGGAGAGCAACAAAACCCUGGCUGAAGAGCGACUUGAUCUUUUCGAUGACGAAAAAUGGAAAACGACAGGCAAAAAUCGUAAAACGACUCCACGAUUUUACAAUGGAAAUAAUUAAAGAACGAAAACAGUAUCAUCAUUCGACCGGUGGAAAAUAUUUAAAUGAAUUUUCAACUCACGAUACGGAAUCCAGGAAUCCAUCUGCAACAAGGUCACGACACGACAGCUGUGGCUUUAUUGUUUAUAACAAUUUUAUUAGCAGAAAAUCGAGAUGUCCAGGCCCGUUGCAGAGAGGAAGUCCGGGAAGUAAUGGAGGAAACAUCCGGAAAGAUGAAUAUUAAAGAUGUGCAGAAGCUUAAUUACUUGGACCGCUGCAUCAAAGAGGCUCAACGAUUGUACCCCAGCGUGCCAAUAAUUGGUCGAAAAGCAGUUGACGAUGUGCAAUUGAAGACCUGUUUUGUUCCCAAAGGGGCACUGGUUAAUAUGCAGUUGAUUGAGACACAUCGCGAUCCUAAUUACUGGCCUCGUCCCAAUGUCUUUGAUCCUGACAGAUUUUCACCGGAAAAUUCCAGAGGUAGACAUCCGUUUGCGUACGUCCCCUUCAGUGCUGGACCGAGGAAUUGUAUUGGCCAGAAAUUCGCGAUGGUGGAAAUGAAAAUAAUAAUGGCGGGACUACUCCUGAAUUUUCACUUCGAACCGAUGGAAUUGGCGGCUAAUAUUCGAAUGGUGCCAGAUUUCGUCAUGAGAACUGCGCAUCCAGUGUCUCUCAAAUUUGUACCAAUUAUAUCCGUUGUUCAUUUCAUUCUCAUUUCACUUCAUGAACUGUUAAAGAUAUUUCCUCGGACUCGAAUCCUCAAGAUGAUUGAUUUGAUCCUGGCAUUGGUAUUGAUUCCAGUUGCUAUUCUCCUGGGAAUACACGUGUGGGUGCACCAGAGUAGAGUAGGCCGAUGGGUGGAUAAAAUUCCAGGACCCAAAGGAUUCCCCAUCAUCGGAAAUUUCCAGGACUUAAAAGGGACACGCGACAAAGUCUUUCUUCAACAGAGAAAAUUCGGAAAUGAAUACUAUCCCAUCUACAAGUACUGGAUUUUACAUCGGUGUCUGGUGAACAUCCGUCAUCCGGAUGACGUCGAGGAAACGGCGAUGGGAAUUAAUCUGGAUGAUAAGAACCUGGAGUUUGCUGCCUUCAUGAAGGGAAUCCAGAAAGCUGGAUACAUAUUCCAGUACCGAUUCAUGAGGCCUUGGUUGCAGAGCGAGUGGAUUUUCUCGUUGACGAGCAUGGGAAGGGAGUAUCAGCAGGUAGUCAAGGUUCUUCAUGCGUUUUCGAAGAAAAUUAUUGAAGCUAGAAAGGAGUACCAUCAAAUGAACGACUGGAGAUAUCUAGGGGGAUCGAAUGGAACAAGUGCAGAUCAAGAAGACGAUAAAAUGACAAGAAGUGGUAAGAAACUUGCGUUCCUCGAUUUUCUGCUCGCCGCAUGGAAGAGGUCUGGCAUCGACGAUGCGGGUCUUCAGGAGGAAGUCGACAUGUUCGUGGUAGCAGGUCACGAUACCACCUCUACAGCAUUGGCUCUAACAACAAUAAUCCUAGCAGAGCACAAGGACAUUCAGGAAAAAUGUCGCAGAGAAAUCAAUGAAGUACUGAAUGGUCUUCCCAUAGAAGAAAUAACUAUGAAAGAGCUUCAGCAGCUGAAUUAUCUCCAGCAAUGCAUCAAGGAGUCGAUGAGACUCUACUCCGUGGCUCCUCUUGCUAUUCGAACAUUAAAAUCUGACUUGCAACUCAGGGACUAUUUCCUACCUGAAGGGACCGAAGUAGCUGUCCAAAUUUUUGAUGUUCAUCGGGAUCCUCAGUUCUGGCCUAAUCCGGAGGUUUACGAUCCUGAGAGAUUUUCUCCAGAGAAUUCCAAGGGGAGACAUCCUUAUUCUUACCUACCGUUCAGUCUUGGCCCGAGAAAUUGCAUCGGAAACAAAUUUGCAAUGCUGGAGUUGAAAACCGUUCUGGCAGGACUCAUCUCGAAAUUCUACCUUGAACCAGUGGAACUUAUACGCGAUUCGCGUUUAGUACUGGACUUCAUCAUCAGAUUCGAUCAUAAAAUGCACGUGAAAUUUGUUCCAAUCAAUAACUAAAUUGUCCCAAAAUUCAGUUAAAUAUCAUAAUUAAAAAAUUAGAACACGUGGGUUAAUUUA